AUGCUCAACGAUAUUCGGGCGGAAUCGCUACAAGAAAAACGCAAUUUUGAAACAGCACAAGCGCGUUACAGAGAUGACCCCAACAUGAUGGGUGAGAGCAUCUUCAAACAGCUCAAACAUGAGACCCAGAAUAGUUUGGGACCGCAAAGCGGAGAAUUCUGUACUACCUCAAUUGAGAUCCGGAAGAAUCUUACUGACACUGUUUUCUACCCAGACGAUCCGAAGUUGGGAAAUUGUACGAACAAAAUUGUUCAUUAUUCCAUUGUAGUCACUGAUGACAUGAGGAUCUUUUUUUCAUCUGCUGAAGGUUUGGAUCAAAAAUUGAGAUGCAUACAAGGAAUGUUGUUGGCGAAACGUGUGAGAUUCAAGGAUUGGGGAGGUUUCUCGUCUGCAUGCUGUAUGGGAGACGCAUCUCGAGUGUGUUUCUGCUCGAAAGGUAGGCUGCUAUCGUUGAGCGAGGCGAUCUACAAAAUCUUUCGUUUUGUCCGAUUUGAUCAUAUCAAGUCGAACACAAUGAGACAAUUGUGCCGCAUGAGGCCAAAGAAUGGCGGUAACAUUGUCGAUUACACGGAAGAGGUCAUUAAUAUCAGCUUGAACAUCCGGGGAAAAUCAACCUUUACCCAAAUAAGGAUGACAAGACAAUCGUGGCAGAAGAACUACCAAAUGCCAGACCAUUGA